AUGCUUAUCAAUGAACGGAGGGUGGGACAGUCGAAGUGGAGGAUGGAAGGUUCGGGGAGGGAAUCAGUCUGGGAGGAUCAGGAUCAGGAUCAGGAUCAGGAUCAGGAUCAGGAUCAGGAUCAGGAUCAGGAUCAGGAUCAGGAUCAGGAUCAGGAUCAGGAUCAGGAUCAGGAUCAGGAUCAGGAUCAGGAUCAGGAUCAGGAUCAGGAUCAGGAUCAGGAUCAGGAUCAGGAGCAGGAGCAGGAGCAGGAGCAGGAGCAAGAGCAGGAAUGGACGGGGAGGUUACGGAGCACGAUGCUGUUUCCGUCGAGGACAAGAUUUACCAUGCUUGCCCCUGAUCCUGCCUACGACGCAUAUGUGAAGGAGGCUGGGAUUGACGGAUCUACGGAUUUCCACAUCAAUGGAUUUUACAAGAACUACAACGGAUGGGACUUUCCUUCUAGCAAGGGAGUUCCUGUCUCGGUGUUCCAGUUUGGAUCGCAGCCUCUGGGUGAUCCUAUCCUAGCUAAUCCUGACGGAUACAAUCCUGACCCUCCGGUGUGGGACGGAAUUCUCCGAGGGCCGUGA